CUGCACAAUACUUACACAGAUGAGUCAGCGACAGCAUCCUUGGCCGUACUGGUUCCUUCUGCGGCCCUCUGUCUCUGUACGACGACGCACAGCAAUCUGCCAAUCAGUGCGGAUCGUGCUCUGGUCGACACACAUCCGAUGCGCCGUGGUACGCGAGACGAAGGGCCAGAGAGAUCACACGACAGCUGACUGGAACCAGGGGGAAAGCACCCACGAGCCAGCAACACAAGCUCGCUGACACCAACAGAAGCCACGAAAAAGACUCGCACCAGCAGGGUCUCCAUCCCUCUCUCUCUGUGCACACCACACACAACACACCUCUAAGCCCGACCAUUGAUCACAGCCUGCUGUGUAUCUCGACAAUGCCGGGCUCCUCCCUCUGACUCGACGGCUCCACACCCGUCCCCCCCGGCCCCUUCCACGGCAGCCUCAGCAAGAAGGCCAUCUGGUUGAUGCGGUCCGCGCCAAAGAACAUCUCCUCGUCGGCCUCGCCCACCGCACCCUCUCUCGCCAUCCAGUCGCGCACGUCAGGAGGGAAGUGGGCGCGCUUGACGAAAAAGGUGGGGCAGCCGAAGGCGCCGCGCCGCACCGCCUCGUCCGUGGCCUUCCUGAGGGCCUUUUUGACGUCCGGGUCGUCGAUGGCGUUGCAGUGCGCCUCUGCCUCUGCGGGCGAGAAGUGCGCCUUGUGGAUGAGGGCCCUCUGGAGGGUGUGGACCUCGCUGAUGUCGUCGUUGUCGACCCAGUAGGUGCGGAAGAGGGCGUCGGUGGCGUCCUCGAGCUGGGUGGGGGUGCAGCUCAUCGAGAUGGACGUCAGCAGACGCAUCACCUAUACCAUCCACACAUCCAUUCAUUGUCGCAGCCAAGAUGGAUGGAAUGCGGCCUGGUGUUUGAUGAGGCAGGCUGGGCUGUGAUUGGUCGUGGUCGUACCUUGAGAGUGUUGGCUGGGAAGUUGAGCGGCACCUUUGCGGGCACCCUCAUGUACUCGGCUGUGCGCUUGGUGUCCUGAAGAGCACACACAUGGCCACACACACACACACACACUCAUGGACCACCAUCCAGUCCAGCGCCACGCCAGCGUACUUACUACCUUCAUAACGUAUACUCUCCUAGCGGGCAGCGCGGCCGGCAUCUGGUUGCCCGUGGCCUUGAAUAUGCCCCCGAUGAGGCAUGGCCGCAGCUUCACUUGCACCUUGCCUCGCCAGAGCGCCGGAGAGCUCGUGUACCGGUGCAGCACGGAGCAGGCGAAGUACGAGUACAUGCUGCCGAUGUCUGGCAGUCACAACGGGAAGCGGGAACGAGAGCAGGGUGCCUCUCCGUGAGUAGAGUGUGUGUGCCGUCAGAUGCAUACCGUAGAAAACCUCCACAAGCACGGGAGCUGUAGAUGAAGAGGUCAAUGACGCCAUCCUCCUAACUGGAAGAUCUGAACAAACUGGGAGGGGGGGAAG